AUGGGGUCCAUGGCUCAAGAGAAGCAGCCAUUCGCGCUUAAAGAUGACCCCGUAGAGAACUUUCGUCCACUGAAAGUCAGGGUCAUCGGUGCCGGCUACUCUGGAAUUUACAUGGGCAUCAGAAUUCCCCAGCGACUAAGGAAUGUCGAUUUUCAGAUCUACGAGAAGAACGAAGGUGUCGGAGGCACUUGGUGGGAAAAUCGGUACCCUGGUGCUGCCUGUGACAUUCCCGCCCAUUCAUAUCAGUACACUUUCGAGCCCAACCCGCAAUGGUCGGGGUUUUACGCGCCGUCCCAGGAGAUCUGCCAAUAUCUUCAAAAUGUGGCAGACAAGUACGGCGUACCUCGAUUUGUCAAGUUUAGCCAUAAAGUUACAAGUUGUAUCUGGGACGACUUGAUCUCGAAAUGGCAGGUUCACUCUUUGGUGACAUACGGACGAUCACCGCUGACUUUGGCGACUAACAGGAGAAUAUCCGUCCAAAACUUGGUUACGGGGGAGGCCUUCGCGGAAGAGGCCGACUUUGUUGUUUCGUGCCGUGGGAACCUGAAUGACUUCGCAUGGCCGGACAUCGCUGCGCUGGAGUCCUUCAAAGGCGAGAAGAUGCAUUCAGCGGCUUGGAACGAGAGUUACGAUUUCCGCAACAAAAAGAUUGGUGUCAUUGGAGGUGGAUCAUCUUCGAUUCAGAUAGUGCCCAUUCUACAGAAGAAGGAAGGGGCUCAUCUGAGCUGUUUUGUGCGAAGUAAAGUCUGGAUUUCCAACCGUUUCGGCGACCAUGUCAUGCACACCCUUGGGCUGGACCCCAGUCGACUGGAUUUCACCCAGGAAGAACGUGACGAGUUUGCUAACAACCCAGAGAAAUACCUCAAGUUCCGAAAAGCAAUCGAAGAGGACGGGAACAUGGUCCACUCCUCGUCAUUGAGGGGCUCAGAGAUGCAGAACAUGUUCGUCGACAUGUUUGGCAAAUCUGCGAAGGAAUCACUGUCGAAGAAACCUGAGCUGCUCGAGUACUUUCAUCCCACCUUUGGCGUGGGUUGCCGGCGUCUGACACCUGGACCGGGAUAUCUGGAGGCGUUGGUCCAGGACAAUGUCGAUUUCAUUUCGGAAAAGAUCGGAUCCAUCACAGAAACCGGGAUACAAUUGGCGAACGGGAAGCACGUUGACCUUGACGUACUGGUGUGCGCCACGGGGUUCAACACGUCGUCGAUUCCUCCGUUUGCCCUGGCCGGCAAGAAUGGCGUGACCCUCAAGGAGAAAUUCACCCCUUAUCCCAAGACCUACCUGUCUAUGGGCGUCGACGAUUUUCCCAACUACUUUAUCAUGCUCGGUCCCAACUCCGGCAUCGGAGCCGGGACCUUGACCAUCCUCCUCGAGGCCGAAGGUGACUAUAUUAUCAAAUGCAUCAGAAAGAUCCAGAAGGAAGACUACCUAACCAUCACGCCCAAACGGGCUCGAGUUGAAGAUUUCUCCGAGUAUGUCGGUGAGUACUUCAAGAAGACAAUUUACAUGGAUGAGUGCAAGAGUUGGUACAAGUCCGGCGGAGGAUAUGGCGACCGCAUCACUGCGCUGUGGCCCGGCAGCAUCCUCCACGCCAUGGAGGUCCUUCGGGCACCGCGAUGGGAGGACUUUGACUACGAGACCCGCGAGGACAACAGGCUCCGCUGGCUGGGAAACGGCUGGAGUACCAACCUCUUACCCGGCCAGGGCGAUCCAUCCUGGUAUCUGAACGCUGAAGAGGUCGAUCUCCCUCCCGCGGGCACGCCAGAGAAGGACCCAAAGUAUCACAACCGGCCAUUUUCGCACUAG